GUGGCACCCGGUCCCCUGACACCCAGCGCUGACUCACAGACUCCGCGGGGAGGAGCCUGGCCCGAGGCUAAGAUCGAGCAGCUGGGCCAUGGCUCCUCCUCUCUUCUCACUUUCCCCGUGCUCCUCCCCUGCCUGGGAGGGCACAAAACACCGAUUGCGAGCAAAUUCCUGGCCUAGCACGGCCGGCCAGCCUGGGGCAGAAAUGGCUGCCGGUGGCCGAGGUCUCAGCAGGGCCAUGGGAGCCUCUCCCUGCCCUGCUUGGAGACAAGCUCGCUGGGAAGCCAGGGGCGACCUGAAGCCCGAGUAUGACGCAGUGGUGAUAGGAGCAGGACACAACGGGCUGGUGGCUGCGGCGUACCUGCAGAGACUGGGGGUGAGCACGGCGGUCUUCGAGAGGCGCCAUGUGAUCGGGGGCGCAGCUGUCACCGAGGAGAUAGUCCCAGGGUUUAAGUUCUCCCGAGCGUCCUACCUCCUCAGCCUGCUGAGGCCGCAGAUCUACACCGACCUGGAGCUGAAGAAGCACGGGCUGAGGCUUCACCUUCGGAACCCCCACUCCUUCAGCCCCAUGCUGGAAGAGGGCACAGGAAGCAAGACACCCAGGUCCCUUCUGCUGGGCGCAGACAUGGCGGAAAACCAGAAGCAGAUCGCCCAGUUCUCGCAGAAGGAUGCCCAGGCCUUUCCCAGGUACGAGGAGUUCAUGAAUCGCUUGGCAUUAGCCAUUGACCCUCUGCUGGACGCAGCGCCUGUGGACCUGGCGGCCUUCCAGCGUGGCUCCCUGCGGCAGAGGGCCAGGGCGCUCUCCAGCCUCAAGCCCCUGCUGCAGGCAGGCUGCAUCCUGGGGGCCCAGCUCCCCCGGUAUUACGAGGUCCUCACGGCUCCCAUUGCCAAGGUGCUGGAUCAGUGGUUUGAGUCAGAGCCUCUAAAAGCCACUCUAGCAACAGACGCCGUGAUUGGAGCCAUGGCAAGUCCCCGCUCUCAGGGGAGUGGGUAUGUGCUGCUGCACCACGUGAUGGGGAGCCUGGAAGGGAUGCGGGGGGCCUGGGGCCUCGUCCAGGGAGGCAUGGGUGCCCUCUCUGAUGCCAUCGCCAGCUCGGCCACCACGCACGGAGCAAGUAUCUUCACUGAAAAGGCAGUGGCUAAGGUGCAGGUGAGCAGCGAAGGCCGCGUGCGAGGAGUCGUGCUGCGAGACGGCACGGAGGUGAGGAGCAAAGUGGUGCUGUCCAACGCGUCGCCGCAGGUCACCUUCCUGAAGCUGGUGCCACAGAAGUGGCUUCCAGAGGAGUUCGUGAAAAGAAUCUCUCAGCUGGACACCCAGUCUCCUGUCACCAAGAUCAAUGUGGCUGUAGACAGGUUGCCCAACUUCCUGGCAGCCCCCAAUGCUCCCGGGGGCCAGCCGCUGCCACAUCACCAGUGCUCCAUCCACCUGAACUGCGAAGACACCCUCCUCCUCCAGCAGGCCUUCGAAGACGCCGUGGACGGCCUGCCUUCCCGCAGGCCCAUGAUUGAGCUGAGCAUCCCCUCCGCGCUGGACCCCACGCUGGCGCCCCCCGGCUGCCACGUCAUCUCCCUCUUCACUCAGUACACGCCCUACACGCUGGCUGGGGGCAAGGUCUGGGACGAGCAGGAGAGAAACGCUUACGCAGACAAAGUGUUCGACUGGAUCGAGGCCUACGCCCCGGGCUUCAAGGCCUCUGUGGUGGGCAGAGACAUCCUCACGCCGCCAGACUUGGAGAGAAUCUUCGGGCUUCCCGGAGGGAACAUCUUCCACGGUGCCAUGUCCCUGGACCAGCUCUACUUCGCCCGGCCUGUGCCCCUGCACUCCGGCUACCGCUGCCCCCUGCCGGGCCUGUAUCUCUGCGGCAGUGGGGCCCACCCUGGAGGAGGCGUCAUGGGAGCCGCUGGAAGAAAUGCAGCCUCUGUGGUCUUUAGGGACCUCAAGAGCACGUCCCUGAAUGAACUCUGACCCAGGAAGAGCUCACCCCUGAAUUCUAAGUGCUCCACUGGGUCAGCUUCCCAGGAAGCUCAGCUCCAAAGGCUAUUACUUGAGGCAGUCAAGUCCUCAAGGCUCAGGCCAUUGUGAUAGAAGAAACCUGAAGUUACACUUAAGGCAAAUUAACCUUGCACCCCAUGCCUCCAUGAAUGAACUAGUUUGUUUUAUUAAAAACGAUAUUUCAUACAGA